AUGGAUGAACAAAUCAACUAUAUCGAUUCUGGAUUUUUAUUCGGUGAUCAACUCUUCUACCCUGUAGCUAUUUUACUCAUUUCAUCCAUACUAGCUUAUUUCUUAUAUCGCAAUAUUAUUGCACCACUGUACUAUUUCCAACGCUUAGGCAUUCCCAGUCCAAAACAAACCCCUUUCUUUGGUCAUGUACUAAAUAUCAACCGUGAUGGCUUUCAACAUACUUACUUAAAUUACACAAAACAAAUGGGUCCUGUAUACGGUUUAAUGUUUGGCCGCGUACCUGAAAUGGUAAUAUCAGAUUUAGAUAUGGUCAAAGAAAUUACUGUUAAGAGAUUCAAUCAAUUUAUUAAUCGAGCUGAAUUAAUUAAUCUUCCUAAAGAAUCUCCUUUCUAUGACGGGUUAUUACGUUUACGUGAUCAUCAGUGGAAGAGAGUUCGCGGCUUACUUGUGCCAACAUUUAGCGGUGCUAAAAUGCGACAAAUUAUUACCAUUAUGAAUAAUAUUAGCCAAGGUCUAGUUGAUCGACUGUUACAAAAAUGCCAACAAGACGGUCAGAUUGAUAUUUGGCAAGCUUAUGGUCAAGUGACGAUGCAAAUUAUAUUAGCGAUCGCUUUCGGUGUCGAAUCGCACGGUCAUAAUGGAUCUGACAAUCUAACCAAGUCUGCUCGACGUAUUACAGGAGUAGCCACUCGAUUAAUAGUAUUAGUCCCGCUUUUCCCCAGUUUUAUAGUACGAUUAUUACUUACGUUGAGGGGAAAAGGACGAGAUGAUGCCACAUUUUUACGUGAUACUGCUAUGAAAGUGAUUGAAUCAAGACGCGCUCAUGGUCUGUCGUCUCGUAAAGACUUAUUACAAUUAAUGAUCGAUGCUGGAGAUAACGGUAAACUGACUGACACCGAAGUUAUUGCACAAUCCAUCGUUUUCUUAAUUGCCGGUUAUGAAACUACAAGUAAUGCAUUAGCUUUUACCAGUUAUCUACUAGCACUUAACCCCGAUAUACAAGAUAAAUUAAUUAAGGAAAUUGAUGAAAAAUGUCCAGACGAGAAUGCAAUCGAUUACGAUACUAUAUCGAAUUUAACUUACUUAGAUAUGGUUUUAGAUGAAGCUAUGAGAAUAUAUCCGCCAGCCUUCCGAUUCAAUCGAGAGGCAAGUGAGGAUAUUACUAUUAACAAUAUUUUUAUACCUAAAGGCAUGACUGUCACUAUUCCAAUUAUCGCGAUACAUCAUGACCCCAAGCUAUGGCCUAAUCCUGAUAAAUUCGAUCCAGAACGAUUUUCAGCUAAGGCUAAAGCAGAACGUAAUCCAUAUAGUUAUAUGCCGUUCGGAGUUGGUCCAAGAGCCUGCAUUGGGAUGCGAUUGGCUGUUAUUGAAGCUAAACUAAUAUUAAUUCGAACUUUGCAGCAAGUUCGGUUCACCGUAGUUAAAGAAACGCCUAUUCCUCUGAAAUUUCGAGGGGGUGUUGUCACUUCGCCUAAAAAUGGAAUACGAUUAGGAUUAACCUCUAGAAAUGUAUAG